AUGGGAGAAGAAAAACUCACCUUCAUUGUUUUGCAUCUAUCGCUGAUUUGGAGUAGGAAGAAUCGAAGAAGCCGCAAACGACUCGUUGUUUUGGCGUUCGUACUUAUUCUUCUUUGGCCUGCUCACCACUAUAUCUAUUUGAGUUCAUUCACAGAUCUAGGGUUUCAAAACUCUAGAAUCUUCCACUCCUUGAACCCUCUAGACACUCCUUUUCUUGCCCUUUAUCUCCUCCAUCAACAUCCCAUAGCCGCCGCUUCUGAUUUCUAUAACGAGUACCUACCCUGUCUUACACUUCAAGUUCUCUGUUCUUCAGCAACAGUAAUGGCGAAAUAUGGAGAAGGGGAUAAGCGUUGGAUCGUUGAAGACAGACCAGACGGAGCGAAUGUUCACAACUGGCACUGGGCCGAGACCAAUUGCCUCGAAUGGUCCAGAAACUUACUGUCGAAGCUCCUCGCGGACCAAACAAUACUCGACGGCGAAGGGAACCUCUUCAUCAAAACAAAAAAGAUUGAAAAAGUGGAAGGAGAGGCUUACGUUAAUGUUCGAAAGGGGAAAAUUAUUCCAGGUUACGAGUUAAGCGUUUCUAUCAAUUGGCAAGGCGAGGCGCGAGAUGCUGAGGGGAAAUCUCUCUUGAUAGCCGAUGGAGUUGUUGAAAUUCCUUAUAUUGCGGAUGAAAACGCCGACGAGGAUCCUGAUCUUAGGGUUAUUGUGAAGGAUGAAGGUCCGAUCGGGAGGAGAUUGAAGGACGCCUUUCUGGCGAAGGGGAAAGAUUUUGUUUUGAAACAGAUUAGGGUUUACGUCGAUGCCAUGGCAAAAGGUGGACCUGCAAAAGAUGAAUUGGAGGUGAAGAAGGUGACUUCCAAGCAAGCGGCAGCUCCUGUGUCGGCUCCACCGGUUGCUGCACCUGUCAAGAAGGUGGAGGAGAAGAAGGAGAAGAAGAAAGAAGGGUUUAAAACGAUUAAGCUGACAGAAAAGUUUAGCUGUAGGGCGAAAGAUAUGUUUGAGAUCCUGAUGGAUGACAACAGAUGGAAGGGUUUCACGCAAAGUAAUGCUAGAAUCAGCAAAGAGGUUGGUGGGGAGAUUAGUAUCUUCGAUGGAUCGGUUACUGGAACAAAUUUGGAGUUGCAGGAGGGCAAAUUGAUCGUUCAGAAAUGGAGGUUUGGAAGCUGGCCUGAUGGCAUCCACUCUACGGUUAGGUUGGUUUUAGAGGAGCCUGAACCUGGAGUCACGGUUGUGAAGUUGACACAGACUGAUGUUCCAGACGAAGACAGGUAUGGUAAUUCAACUGUGGUGGAGAACACAGAGAGAGGAUGGCGGGAUCUAAUUUUCCACAAGAUAAGAGCAGUUUUUGGGUUUGGUGUUUGAAAGGUGAACACGACUUAAUUAAUGUAUUUGGUGAAAUGUAGAAUUAUCAAGUUUGAGAGUUGGAGUAAUAAAUUUGAUUAUUGUGGAUUGGUUGAAAGACACUGAAUAUUAUUGUGUCAAUCAUCAAUGCGUCGAAUUGAAUUUGUCUUUCUGUCAAAACUCUUAAUGCUUUCGUGUUUGAACAUUACAACACAGUUGAUUUUGUGGGUUGGUUGUCUUUGUCUUCAGUUGUGCGUUUAGAUCAGCUCUUUUGAAAAUGUUUUCUUUUUUAUGUUCAAAAAUGUAUUUACAAUAUUUAUCUAGAUAGUGUUUAUGUUAGGUAUAAUGUGUUUUAACUAUAUCUGAUUUGGUUUUGUUUUAGUUGAAUAAGUCUUUAGUUUCUAGGAGAGGCUAUUCUUCAGGCAAAUCACACUAAGUUUAGGGAUCUUUAUUUGUUUAAGUUUUAUAAAGGUUACAUAAACCCCUGCAAGUUUGGCAUGCAAUUUCUUGUCUAGUUACUAAGCCACCCUUCUUCAUGGAUUUACAAAUGCUGUCCCAAACAAUCGAGUGGUGCUUGUGCUCAUCAUUGGAAUCACAUAAUAAAUUAGCCAUAACACUUUUCAUCUUAGAAAUCCAAGGGAGCGAAUGUUGGAUGGUGAUCAAGUCUGAUGAAGCUGCCACCACCCAUGUCGUUCCUUGAAGAACAAUCUUUAUUCAACAUAAGGAGAGGAGCCCAUUUGAUCCAUUUGCGCUUUGCGCCUUAACUCAGGACUUGAUAAACUAUCUAAUGAAGAGUCUGCGAUCCCAAGAAGUCCAUAUCGGUCUGUUAGUUCACGCAAAUCCAAAGAAGUUUUCACGGACGAGCCACAUGUUGGGAAACUUUAACACACAAAAGACUCCCCACCUUAGGAGUGUGAUACAUCUGGUGAGCGUUGAUGAAGAACAUAAGGAAUGCAGGAGCUCGAGUAUUGAUAUAUAUUCCAUCAAUAGAAAGGAGGAAAUAUGGAAUGGAAAGUACAACAGUUGCUACUAUAAUCUCAAACAAGAACCGAGCACAUUUCUUUUUCUUAUUGUUGGGCAUAUGUAUAGAACUAAUUUUGGGAUUGGGAUAUGAGCACAAUAUGAAAAAUCUUUUAGAUGCACGUAUACCUGUGGGAGGGCGAUUGAG